AUGCUUUUGAAACGAAAAAUAAUGGAGAUAGGAAUAGUAGUAGCACUCCUAAUGAGCUAUAUAGAAACAGGUAGCUGCAAAGUAAAAAUAGAAGAUGCUGUAGAUGUGCUAGCUAUAUUUAAGCGUGAUUUAACAACAGAAGAACAUUUUGAAGAGUUACUAUCUAGAGUUAGCUGCAAUUUAACAAUGGAUGAUAUAAAAGGGAUACAUGCAGACUUUUCUAGAAGGCUAGACUAUCUAAGAGAAGAAUUUGAGCUACGUGUAGAAUUCUAUGAGAAAUUCAUAUCUAUUAUUCAGCCAAUGCUAGAAAGAUAUAAAAUUGGAUACAACGAAGAAAUUAAAUUAAAAGAAAUGGAAGAAAAUAUUAUGCCUAAGCUAAUAAGAAAAAGACAAAAACUUGCUAGAUACACAUCGUACCUUACAGGAAUAGAAGAUUUAAUAAUCAGAACAAGAAGGCCUAUACCCCGAGGAAUUAGGAGAUUUAAAAAGUCAUUAAAACUUGCAUUCUUAUGCUAUAAUAAUGCAUUUGAUUCUCUUAGUGAAAUGAUGUAUCAGUUUGACUCUGCAAUGAUCGAUUUAAUAGAAGAAUAUAUGAAAAUAGCAAAUGAAAAUAAUAUAUUGUCUACCCUACCACUAUUUAAAAUAGCAAAAAACAAGAAAAUACUAGCCGCUGAUAUAAUAUACACUUUCUUUAGUGUCUCAAAAGAAGACUUUUCUAAUGAAGACAUCUGUUAUAGAAUGCUAAAAAGAACAAGACAUAUUCCUGUUGCUAAGAUUAAAAAACUUGUAAGCUCAAUAAAAGAAGAUGUAUUAAAGCAUGAAAUUGACUCAUUAGCAUCAGCAAACAAGAACUUUUUGGUACUAUUGCAUAGCUGGCAUGAUUGUAAACCCGAUUUACAAAAUGAAGAAGUACUAUCUGUCUACCUUGAUCUAAUAGAAAAAUAUCUUUCUAAAAAAGAAGGUGAUAUAUACACAUAUAAGCUUACAGAUGACCAGGUUAUAAAAAUAGUGAUGAUUGAGUACUUACUGAACAAGUGUGCUAUAAAAUAUAAAAAUAACAUGCUGUUUUUUAACUUAAACCAAAUAAUAGAAAAAAUAGGAAGGCCAAUAAAUAUUGGUAAAGAUGCAGAUAUUCAUCAAAGUUUAAAGACAGCGAUAAAGAAACAGGAUAUGAUGAUUGAUGCUCUGUGCUUUCUGUGGACCGAUUAUGACUCUAUUACAAUAGAUAAAAAGCGCAAUAUUGACUCAUUUUGUGAAGAGUUUAAUGUGAACUUUUUCUCUCUUCAAAGAACUCAGAAAGAGCUUAGAACUUUCAAAUGGUUAUUCAAACUUAAUGAGGAUAUUGUAGAAAUUGGAGGUUUAGCAAUCCAGAAUAUAUUUCCUAAAUUAAACUCCCGAUUUGAUAUAUCUCAUAUACAUCCCAUGUGGUACUUAUACUUCCGUGCUGAGUAUAUUAAUAGCCAUAUUAACAAAGACACACAAGUCGAUAGCAAUUCAUUCAUGAAAAAAACCUCAAAGGGCACUACCAUUAGGCCAUACAAAAUAAAUGAAAAGGAUUCUCCUUCAACGCAUCAAGAAAACCUAAAAAAUUGCAUUAAAGUGUGGUUUCUAGACAAGGUUAGAGUAGUCUCUAUAUGCCGCAGUGUUGAGGAAACAUACGACAUAGCUUCUGAUUUCGCUGACUUUUUGCCAAAUUCCGUGCAAAUAAAGGAGGAAAGAAAGAGAGAAAUAGGAGAAACUGCUGGAUGCAGUCGCAGUGAAGAAGGCAAUCCUCUAAUUAAAAUAUGCGAAUGA